AUGCCAGUUUCGGCCAGGCUGUUGGAUUUUGGGAAGUUGGACGCUGACGGCGAUGGUGUGGUGACGCAGGAGGAGUUGGCCAGUGCCCUGGAUUGGGACACCAUGGCGGAGACAAAGGCCGAGGAGCUUUUCCGGAAAUACGACGACGGAGACGGAGGUUUGUCUCGGGACGAGCUCGAGAAGUUGAAGGACGACAACAGCAACCUGGGUCAGUUGAUCUUCGAUCAACUGGACACGGACGGCGAUGGCAUCGUUUCCAAGGAGGAGUUCACAGCAGCUCUGGACUGGGAUGCUAUGAUGGAGCCCCAACAGCAGGUUCGCGAGGGCAAGCCAGAGGCUGAUGAGGAUCCAAAGCCGGCAGUCCUCAGCGUGCACAAGCAGCCCCGCCCCGCCUUCGACACUGGCAAAUCGGCAAGCCAGCGUAAAGAGAAGAGAAAGGCGAAGAGGAAUCGUGUGGAUGAAGCAGCUGGCGCGUCCGACGAACGGGUUGGGGAGGAGCGAACGGAGGCAAACCAGCUAAAUGCAGAGGCAGUGCAACAAGAAGGUGUGCAGCACAAAAGCGACGUGACAGAGAUAAAGCCCAAGUCUGGCAAGGGGGAGGUACAGGCAGCCCAGAAGGCGACAGAGACCGAAGCAGUCCAGGCAAGUGAGCCAGGUCGAUCUGCAGCAGUGGAGGCCGGAGCGGAGAAGCCCAAGUCGGACAAGGAAGAGGUACAGGCAGCCCAGAAGACGACAGACACGGAAGCAAGUGAGCCAGGUCGAUCUGCAGCAGUGGAGGCCGGAGCGGAGAAGCCCAAGUCGGACAAGGAAGAGGUACAGGCAGCCCAGAAGACGACAGAGACGGAAGCAAGUGAGCCAGGUCGAUCUGCAACAGUGCAGGCCGGAGCGGAGAAGCCCAAGUCGGACAAGGAAGAGGUCCAAACAGCCCAGAAGCCAACAGACACGGAAGCAGUCCAGGCAAGUGAGCCAGGUCGAUCUGCAGCAGUGGAGGCCGGAGCAGAGAAGCCCAAGUCGGACAAGGAAGAGGUACAGGCAGCCCAGAAGCCGACCGAGACGAAAGCAAGUGAGCCAGGUCGAUCUGCAGCAGUGGAGGCCGGAGCGGAGAAGCCCAAGUCGGACAAGGAAGAGGUACAGGCAUCCCAGAAGCCGACAGAGACGGAAGCAAGUGAGCCAGGUCGAUCUGCAGCAGUGGAGGCCGGAGCGGAGAAGCCCAAGUCGGACAAGGAAGAGGUACAGGCAGCCCAGAAGCCGACAGAGACGGAAGCAAGUGAGCCAGGUCGAUUUGCAACAGUGGAAGCCGGAGCGGAGAAGCCCAAGUCGGACAAGGAAGAGGUCCAAACAGCCCAGAAGCCAACAGACACGGAAGCAGUCCAGGCAAGUGAGCCAGGUCGAUCUUCACCACUGCAGCCAGAAGUCGAGAGACGCAAGUCUGACAAGGAAAAAGCACAAGCAGCCCAGAACCGGACAGAGAACGCAGUAGCGCGUUCCAGCGCAGCAUACCCGGCCAUGGGCGCUCACAACAUGUCUUCGCGGCAGUCGGAGAGACAGGGUAGUGGAGGUGAAGAGGAAAGGUAUCCGAGUUCCGCUCUUGUAGAUGAAGGGGUGCUGGAAUUUCCGGGUGGUGGGUCAAGCCGGAAGGAGGAAGUUGUGCAGGGCAAAGAAGAAGAUGCGGCGGUGGCAGCAGGAUUGCCUUUUGAGACGUUCUAG